AUGACCACGAUAAAAACAGCCCAGACAAAUGAUGAAAGGCACCCACUCCAUGGCUACCAACCGGCCCCAAGCAGAUUUAAAUCAAGGAAAAACUUUUUUAAAUCAACCACAGAGAUCACACCAUCAUUUGAACACGAACGACAUCGAAAAUGGAUAGCAUCAAACCAAACCAAUAAUUUUAAAAUAAAACCAGUGGAAAAACUUCCACCUCGAUACCGUUGUGAAUGGAACACAUGGAAAGCACUCAAUAGAUUGAGAGUGGGUGUUGCCCGAACGAAAAAAAAUCUAUGUAAAUGGGGAUACAAUACAGAAACUGUAGAUUACGAAUGUGGAAGUGAACAAACGGAACAACAUAUACUCGUAUGUCCUCUGAACUCGGUGUCAUGCACACCUGAAGAUCUGGCGAAAGCAACUGACGCGGCUAUACAAGUAGCCAAUCAAUGGAGUAGAAAAGAAAUAUGA